UUCCGGUUUCGCUCCACAUGGAUUGUUUUGUUCUGAAACAGCAAGUGAAAGAAAUACAUAUUUCAGUAAGGACUCUGUAAGGAUGACACAGUGAUGUUCUGAAAUGUGUUGCGUAGUCAUUCUGCUGUUUACAGGCAACAAAUGUGCUAUCAGUGGAACCACCUGGCAGUGGUCAGGUUGUGCCAGAAGGUAGAUAAUCAAACAGAACCUGUAAUCUCACAGUGUACAAGUGAGGCAUCCCAAGAAUGCUUUGCAGAAUGUGAUGACCAGAUUGCCGAAGCUCUGCUGAAUGUUACCUGUCACUGCACCCGCUCAUUAAUCAGUGACACAGACUUGCUGAACUAUGGUUCUGAAUCUGAUGUUGACUCCUCAGAUUCCAGUGUUUCUUCAGAAGAUUCUUUUAAGUCUUUGGAUUCAGAUUCAGGUGGGAUAGAUAUUGAUGGAGAAGAUUUAGGUCUUUAUGUGCUUGACAAUCAUUCUGCAGACACUUAUAAGGAAUCAGAAACUGUGAAUGAGCUACUUUCACAAUUGUCACUUGAUUCUUCAGCGAAAGGAUUUUAUUUAACAUCAGGAGAAGCAGCGGAUGUCUCAUUUCUAGAUGCUUACAAACAAGAGUCUAAUAAGCUUUUGUUUGAACAAGAAAUUAGUGACAGCCUAUGUAGGAAGUUAGGUACAGACUCUGAUCUUUCUGAAGUAGAUAAAGCCUGUAAAGUCCAACAUCAGACGAAGAAGAGGAUGAAGAAGAUAGUGUAUUAUGCAGCAAAAAUGAUGAUAAAGCAGAACUUGAGCUGAUGCAGCAGAUGGGCUUACCUGUCUCUCUGGGAUCACAGAAAAAGAACUACAUGGAGUCAAGUCCAAGCAAGCGCAAUCGUCGAAAACGUCCCCAGAAGAAACGAGCUUUGAAGCACAGAAAGACAAGCAGUUCUGCACUUGACAUGAAUUUUGGCUGUAACAAUGGAGAGUCACAUGAUCUGCACAUCACUGAUGAAGCUGCACAGGCAGAGCUAAACGGUAUAGAUGAAGUGGGCACCAGUGAUCCAAAUAAACCCAUCAUGUCUGAAGAGGAGGCUCGAUUCCAAAACUUUUGGAUGCAGCAUGGAGAAAUGUUAGUGUGGCGCCGUUGGGUUCAGAAAUACCCCGAUCAUAUCAAUUACGACAUGGUGGCAUCAGUACCACCCAUAGAAGAAGUGGAGGUAGUGGAAGAAGUUGGAGUAGUAAAUGAUGUGCAAGGUGUGGUAGAACAAUGUGAGAAAACCAAGAGUUGCAGUCAAGACGACGCUGAGCAAAUGGCUAAAAUAACAAGUAGAACAAAAGGGAGGGAAGUGGAGGUAACUCAAGACGUUGAGGCAGUUCAAAGGGGACAGAACAAUAAUGCUAGAGAGAUUAGUGAGACAUCAAUAACAGAAGAAGAGCUUAUUUUAAAUCAAGGCAUAAUAGAUGUUCAUUCAGUGGAUACCAGUGGAGAUGCUCAUUACAAAACUUUUACAAAAAGAGAUCCUGGAGAUAGUGCAGCAGCUUCUGAAUCAUUGGAGAUGACAAGAACCAAUCAAAACACAUUAUUGACAAGCACCGAUGAAAACACACCAUUAUUAAUCCAGGAAUCAGAUGCUAGGGUACAAGAAAAUGUAGACACAAAAGAGGAGAACAAAAUUCCUCUGUGGUCAGAAAACUCCAUCCAGGCAGCAGUAGAAAACAGUGACAACCAGGUCAAUCCAGAGAAAGAUGUGAACUGUAUUGUGCAUGCAAUGGACCAUUUUCAGGAGAGAAGUGAAUUGAUACAGAGUGGGGAAGAAAAUGGUGACUAUGUAGAUAGAAAAAGUGCAGCAGAAAGUGUGAGUUUGCCAUCUUUUACUCCCUUACAUUUAGUGGGUCUGAAUCAAGCUAUUCAUGCUGUCAUGAACCGAGUAAGUGAACCAGAUAUUUACAAGUCUGAGAAGGAGAGCAUGCCAGCAGAAGGUAAUCAGGAUGUGACAGAGCCUGUCCAUUCCCUUGCCGAGAAACCUUUUGACCCAUCUUCCUCUACUAGCCAAUCAGCUGAAGCAAUCUUCAUGAUGCAUUCUUAUGCAGGGCCAUCAGAGCAUCAGGAAAACCGUCUCUGCAAUGGCAGCGAGUGUGAAAAGUCUGCAGAAUCAGAUGAGGAAAAGCCACAAGAGUAUAGCCAGGAAGAAGUUAAUGCCAUGUGGCAAGACCUUUGGAAUGAGCAUUACACAGAAACAUACUGGUAUUACUACAACUCUUACACCACCUGGCUCAGCAGUGGGGACAACAACUACCAUCACCCAGAAAAUGAUGGAGAAGAAGUGAUAUUCUACGAGCACAUUGAUGUUCAACCGGAACAAGAUGGUGGUCAGUCUUCAGAUAAUGCCAGUGCAGAUAGAAGGGAAACAACUCAAGGACACAGUGAGUUACCUACCUUUACACGCAAACGCACUGUAGCAGCAGAAGAAGAGAGUUCAGCAACAUGCAAAAAGAAAUUUAUAUUGGACACCUUUCGGGCAUUAGGACUUGCCUUGCCCACCACUGAUGAAGAUGGACCAGAGGGUAGCAGCAGUGGCAGUAUUCAAAGUGGCUAUGUCACUUGGAUUCAUCAGCGAUCUCUUAAAAGAUCAAGAAAGCUGAAUAUGGGUCACAGUCUUACAUCUGAAGCCAACCCAAGUGACAUCAGUGAUGCUUGCAAUCAGCAUCAACAAAAAGACAAAGUUUGGAGCAAAUGUACCAACUAAUCACCAGACACAUAGCAAGAAAAAGCAAAAG